GGUGGAAGAUGGUAGGGUGAUAGGAGACUAUGAAAGAAGUGGGUGAGUUGAGGGCUUCGAUGACCACGGCUGGUGUAAGGUCAACGGUAAGGAGGACGCGGUUUGCUUGCGGACGCGUAACGGGAGACUCUAAUGGGGGACUAAGCCGAUGCUUGAUGCCCACCCAACGGACGCUCUCACCCAGGAGCAACCAACCUGGGAAGGCAACGUUGUCCCAUUUCUCUGCAAGGCGCACUGGGGCAAUGCGCUCGAGAGCUGCACAGAUAGUCUUCACAAUGCCAUACCUACUCGUGGCGUUCCGAUCCAGAUAUCUGAUGGGAUGAUCCUACAGGUUGUGCGGACCGAUGCGUCCAGGAAUUUCUGCGCCAAGUCCUUUAGAUUUGAACGCACUUUCAUUAGCGGGGGGUUCGAAAGACAAUUCACCGUAUCGCCGUUCAAAUGGGUCGCCAAGGGCAUGCCUGACUCUGAGGAAAGGCAAGUCGGGGCUCCACGUGAACGUAGCGGGCUGCUAUGUCAGCGGCGCCGUCGAAGAAUACAGGUGCGGGCUCAGGCUGACACAACCAUGCUCCCCCGACUAUAUAGAGGCUUUGCGUCUCUCUUCUCCCCCCCAUCCGAUCCCCGUAAGAUCAUGGCCGCCAAGGAUCUCGUCGAGAUUGCGAUCUUCUCCAAGAGCUACUGCCCGUACUGCAGGCGUGCCAAGACGCUGCUCACGUCCAAGUUCCCCAACACGGAGACCAAGAUUUACGAGCUUGACGAGAUGAAUGAAGGGAGCGAGAUCCAGGAGUACCUCCUGGAAAGACAGGCCAGAAAACUGUCCCCAACAUCUUCAUCAAAGCACGUCGGUGGCUGCGAUGCUGUCGUCGGUCUGGACUCCAAGGGUCAGCUCGCCGGGCUCGUUGGGGCGUGAGCAUGUUCGCUACGCGCAUUUGUGCAGUGAUGUCCUGAAGUGCCUGUGGAUCCAGUAGUAGCGCGUCCUCGUCGAAACUGUAGUUGAAUAUAGCAUUGUACAGUACGGAUAAUAAUCUGGAGGUUGCAAGAGAUGCGCCGUGUGUUCAUAAGGUGUCAUAUUGCGCGCACGUCGCGGCGACACGCCCACGUGCUGGGAGUUUGUGAAGGCGCGUACCAGACGAUCGGGACAAGCCUCGG